GCCGAGUCACACACCAUGGCCCUUCUCCGGGUCGUCCUUGGCUUCUUCCUCUUUGGCAGCAGCUUCGGCUGCGGGGUCCCCGCCAUCGACCCUGUGCUGAGCGGCCUGUCCAGGAUCGUCAACGGGGAGGACGCUGUCCCCGGCUCCUGGCCCUGGCAGGUGUCCCUGCAGACCAGCUCCGGCUUCCACUUCUGCGGGGGCUCCCUCAUCAGUGAGGACUGGGUGGUCACCGCCGCCCACUGCGGGGUCAGGAAGAGUCACCUCGUGGUGGCCGGGGUAUUUGAUCACGGCUCCGAGGAGGAGGCUGUCCAGGUGCUGAGGAUCGCUGAGGUCUUUGAACACCCCCUGUGGGACCAGCGCACGGUCCGUAACGACAUCGCCCUGCUGAAGCUGGCCACGCCCGCGAGCCUCUCCGGGACCGUGUCCGCCGUGUGCCUGCCCAGCGCCAACGCCAGCUUCCCUGCGGGCUCCCUGUGCGCCACCACGGGCUGGGGCAAGACCCGGUACAACGCUCUCAAGACCCCCGACAAGCUGCAGCAGGCGACCCUGCCCGUCUUGUCCAACGCCGACUGCAAAGAGUACUGGGGCAGCAAGAUCACCGACGUGAUGAUCUGUGCGGGCGCCAGCGGCAUCUCCUCCUGCAUGGGCGACUCUGGUGGCCCCCUGGUCUGCCAGAAGGAUGGGGCCUGGACCCUGGUGGGCAUCGUGUCCUGGGGCAGCGGCCGGUGUGGCCCGUUCUCACCAGGCGUGUACACCCGGGUCACCAAGUUUAUUCCCUGGGUUCUCGAAGUUCUGGAGGCCAACUGAGCCUCUGCCCUGCCCCAGCCCCCAAGUGUGGAAAACCCAAAUAAAACUGCUUGCAUCUUCA